AUGCCUCGCCUCUCAGAAAACACAGACUCCUCAAUCGAUCAUUAUCAAGACGCAGACGAGGAAGAUAACAACAGCUCCUCGAUUAAUAUCAGUAUGCUGCCAAUAACAAGAACAACAUCUACUCGUGAAAGGGAGAAACUUGCAACUACUAGAGAAAAGGCUGUGUCGUUGCCGAAUCGAGAACGCGAGCGUGAAAAAUCAACUGCAAAUCAAGUAAGGUCUGACAGGAUUUCACCUUCGGGAAGAACAAAUCGAUUGAUCCAUCACAGAUCUCAAUUAAAAAGAUCUCCUGCUGGUUCGGAUAAAACAGUGAAUAGCUCUAGUAGCAGCGAUGAGUUUGUUUCCAAAUCGCCACCUGGGCCAUCAGCGCAACAAGCUGCUAGAAGAGCUGUUACCGGAAGGACAGCGUAUCAACCUCCAAGAAAUACUAUGCAGGAUGAUGCUACCGGUAGAGUCAGAAGAUCAAGGAGUCUACAACUUCCAGAGAAAAAGCCGCAAACUUUCAGCAGAGAUGUUCAAACGGUCCAAUCCAGAAUUUCUCCUCAGCAUCCAGAGCCACAUAGGACCAUUGUUAAAAUUAUCAAUGCUGGAGAAAGGUCAAAAAAGCAUACUCAGAGUCAAGCUCAGUCUUUGCCACAUUCGUUGGAAGGAGAAGAUAUCAGUGAGGAUAUGCUUAGGGAAGCAGAAGUUGUCACAGGAUUUGUAUAUGGUAACAGAUCCCGUGCAGCAGCCCAAGCUCUUAUUAAUCACAGGUUCAAUAGUACAAGUUUCAGUAAGGAAGAAAAGAGCAAAGCUUCAAAGCCUGUUAUAAAUAACGGUGUUACAGUGUACUAUGUGGGAAAUUCGAAGAAAGAUUCGCAAAAAGUACUGGUGCGAGGAGCAACUAGUCCCAUUCUGAGCAGUUUUGAAGGCAGAACUGAAUAUAAGGAUAUGUGUUCCAUCGAUGCAUGCAGUUUUUGGCCUCAUUGUUCUCACAGGGACACCAGCAACGUUAUCAGACCGUCUCACAGUUAUCCAACUCAUCAGAGAUCUCUGGAUUCUUCGAGGGCUCCCCCGUUGGAGAGAAAAACGCAAGACCAGCACAAGCGACGUUUAGCACUAGAAAUGGAGCGCAGAAAACAACAGCAAAGCUGUAUUGUUGCCAAUGAGUUACACGAAAGGAAUAUUGCUAGUGAAAGACGCACUAGUCCGAACAAAGCCACAAAACGCGAUCAAACCGACAGUCGAAAAACUUCGCCGAUAAAUCCAAAAAGCCGUACUCCGACAUUCGGCACGGUCAGCGGUUCUUCGUCCGGUAGUGACGCCUGGAUAACAGCUUCAACUUCGUUUAGAAAUAGUGUUAAAAGCUCCGGAACUUCAUUACCGCGAGACGAAACGUCUGACGAUGGUACUAAAGUGCGCGAAACUAUCGUUACGCGUCCAGGUAGUGCGCCGUCUGACGAGAGAGACAAUAAUACGCUCGAGAUGCAGCAGAGGUCAAUGUCUUUGCCAAAAUCGUUUUUAUCAGCGAGUUAUCAACCAUCUGGGUAA